UCAAGAGAUAUUUCAUAUUAUAGUUCGCCUGCCAAAACUUACAAUACACCGGUGAACCGCACGUCAAGAACUUCAGUUAACCCAAACAGUCAGUUAUCUCCUUUCGAUCCUUUUAAACCCGCGGAAUAUGUCUUGAGCAAUUUAGGAGAAGAAAAGAUUUAUGCAAAAUUGCUUAAACAAAAGGCUCAAAAUGUUCAGAGUACUAACCCAGGCAAACGCAGCAUAAAUAAAUCUCAAUCAACUAGCGUUGUGACGAACACACCAACUAACGUCGCGACGAACACUCAACAACAAUCGAUGGAAAUUGAUGAAGCAGAUCUAUCGGUAAUGGAAUCGCAAGUUGGAGAUACACCACAAAUUGAUGGUGUGCAUUCAUCAUCAGUAGGCAAAUCUAAGCCAAUUGAGGAUGAUUCAAUUAUAGUUAUAUCAGACGAAGAAGAUGAUAAACCGAAAGAUGGUGAUCACAGUGGAGAUAAAGAUAAACU